UACUUUUCCUUUUUAAUCUCCCGGCGUGGCACAGCUGCUGGAGUCGAUAGCCCCUGGUGCGCUUCGCGUUGACGUUUAUAGAGAAGUCGCCUCCUGGUUGUUCUCCGCGUUAUUAAUUUACAGGGGAAACAAUAAUUUCUUCCGCUUUCUCCCCCCCUGUUCUAACCGGGGAGCCAUGUCCGAAGAGGGUUAUCAGUCGGCGGUGAUCGCGGCGACGCUGAGCACAAGCGUGAAUGCUGAACAGCCACAGACGCUAAACCCCAGUAAAACACCCAUGCAAAUUCUGCAUGAAUAUGGCACCAAAACUGGUAACAUUCCAGUGUAUGCGAUGGAGAAGAAUGAAGGGCAAGCUCACCAGCCCAUUUUCAUCUUCAGUGUUGUAGUAGGAGACAUUAGGUGUACAGGUCAAGGACACAGUAAAAAACAUGCCAAACAGCUGGCUGCAGAGAUUGCUCUGAACCUUUUGCAGAUCAGUGCUGGAACAGAGAAACUUCAUGUCAAGCCUGAGAGCAACGGGGUUGCACCGGAGCCCAGCAAACCGCCCAACUCGGUGGGGAUCCUGCAGGAGCUAGCAUUGCAGAGAGGAUGGCGCCUCCCAGAAUACACAGUUCUGAUGGAAGCUGGCCCACCACACAAGAGAGAAUUCACUGUUACGUGCCGCUUGGAGUCUUUGUCGGAGACUGCGGUUGGAAAUUCGAAAAAGGUGGCAAAGAAGGCAGCGGCAGAGAAGAUGGUGGCAAAGCUUCAAAGCCUGUCGGGGGGUUCUGAAAUCACAUGGAAUCCCAAACCCACUGUCCAGUUUGAGAACUUGCGGAAUUCCUCGGCUGAGAACAUUUCUCAGCUGAGGAGAAACCCUCUGAGCAUUCCCAACACAGACUACAUUCAGAUGAUGCUCGAGCUGUCACAGGAGCAGGGCUUCGAGGUCACGUACUUUGACAUUGAUGAGCUGACGGUGAACGGCCAGUACCAGUGCCUGGCUGAGCUGUCCACUUCCCCCGUCACCGUAUGCCACGGCACAGGCAUUUCUUGCAGCAAUGCCCACAAUGACGCAGCGCACAGUGCCCUUCAGUACAUAAAGAUCAUGGCCUCCGUCAAAUAACUCACCAAGGGCCCACAUCUCUGUUGUCCCAUCCAGAGGAUGAAAGUUGAGAGGCGUAUAAGGUCAUGAGUUCGUUAAUCUCUGUUUUUUUUAAAAAAAAAAAAAUAUAUAUAUAUAUAUAUAUUACAUUUUUAUCUUAUUUUCAGCUGGUCGUCCUAUCUGCAAACAAUUUGAGGUCAAGGAAUUUUUUUUUUUUUUACAUUGUUUAUCACAAGCACAUUAUGAACAUCCUCUUGACGAAGAUCAAGACUUUAACAGUAAUGACGUUAAGGGGAAUAGGAGAUGUUUUUAACAUUCCUCAAAAGUUAAGAACCACUUUUCCUGAAAUUUUUAUUCAUUAGGAAGUUUUAUUCAUUAGGAUGCCAUCUGGUUUUACUUUCUAGGACUGUGCUGAAGUAUAUGUAAUUGUGUAAAUUAAGCAAUAGCACAGAAUACAGUCCAAUACCCUGAGUUUGUGCAAGUUUUGAGAAGGUUAACCAAAAGGUGCACCGUCAUUUUUUUUUCUGUUUCUGCAGUACCAUAAAUUUCCCCUCCUAUUUACACCACGCAGCUGAGAUUUCUUUAUGCUCCCUCGCUGAAAUGACUUAGGCUCCCGUUUACCUUCAGUAUCCUGAAGAGGCUUCGAUGCAGUUUUUAAUUUACUUUUUAGUUCACGUUUCUCUCCAGCCGUGUUUAAAACCACGCCUAAUAAGACUGAAUUGGUAGCACGCAGCAGGCUCUACAGGCUCGGCAUCCUGCUCAUAAUUUGGGUCGCUCGGUGUCUAACAGGCCACCUGAACUGUGUUUUCCUUAUUGCUACUUUCAUAUUGUUUGCUGUGUGCCUCAUAGUGUGUAAGUAAUGUGUGUGUGUGUGUGUGUGAUGCACUGAAUACAUUUCCUUAUGGAUGUCAUUGAAACCCAAUAGGUAAUAAUGGUAGCCAGAAGGUGUCGUACACACAGAGUAAACCCCCCCCCCCCCCCCCCAGGAGUGAGUCUAAAUGUUUCAGGAGUGUGGGUGCUGUCGGUGUGGAGAGCGGAUCCAGAGAGGGGUCGUGAGCUGGCGUAGCGGCUCUGGGACAGAAGUUAUUGUCGAGCCUCUUGCGGAGGUUUUUAGGCUUCGUUGAGUGAAAGUGAUGGCAGGCACCCGCUUGCAGAUGGGUUUCUACACGGACGCUCCUCAGUUUAAGAGCACCAGGAGAAAUAAAAAGUUCUUGUGAACUGGCCGGACUGUGUUUGGUUUGUCAGUUCAGAACCGAUUCACACACUCGGGAAUAUCGUUCCUCCCAAAGCUGGAAAUGAGAUGCAAAAUCAUGACGGUAAUGAGGACGCGUAUCCCAAAAAUGUUUUAUUAAUUGAACGGGGCCGUCCACAGGCUUUUUUUGGACGCUGACGACCGAGGCUAAAGCUCUCACACAUUAUAGUUUCGUGAGUCCACAAAGACGGCCCUCAGUUCAUUCCCAGUCCAGUAGCACCAGAUCUGACUUACUGAGCAGAGCUUGUUAUUACAUGGUUCUCUGCUUCCUGGCUUCGGGGGACUUUUUAUUUGUGCAUUAUCUGACACACCAUAUACACAUUCAGAAACACCUCGGGGCGUCCGGGUGGCGUGGCGGUCUAUUCCGUUGCCUACCAACACGGGGGAUCGGCAGUUCGAAUCCCCGUGUUACCUCCGGCUU